AUGAACUCGAUAGAUGAAUACUUCGAUGCCGCUUUAGCUUUGGUGAAAAUUUCUGGAAACCUUAUAACCGAACACGUAAAUGGCUGCAAAGUUUUUGAAAAGAAAUCUUCUGAUAUUGACCUGGUUACUGAAAUCGAUAAAAAAGUGGAGCAGACGCUCAUCGAAGGUUUGACAAAGAAGUUCCCUGGACAUAAAUUUAUAGGUGAAGAGUCCGUUGCUGACGGAGCUAAAUGUGAAUUGACGGAUUCUCCCACAUGGAUUAUAGACCCGGUAGAUGGAACGCUAAACUUUAUUCACGGAUUUCCUCACUGCUGCAUAUCAGUAGGCCUUGCUAUCAAUAAGGAAUGUGUUGCUGGUAUCAUUUAUAAUCCUAAUUUACAACAACUAUUCACAGCCAAAAAAGGUCAGGGAGCAUUUCUUAAUGACAGAAAAAUACAUGUUUCUAAUGUCACAGAGCUUCGCAAUGCGUUAGUGGCAUUUGAAUGUGGAACUAGUCGGGAUGCAGAUAAGUGUGCCGUAGUCUUUGAAAAUUAUAAGCAAAUAGUUGCGAAAGGCCAUGGGAUGAGGUCUCUUGGUUCGGCUGCACUGAAUAUGGCUAUGGUAGCUAUGGGCGGAGCUGAUGCUAACUUUGAAUUUGGCAUACAUGCAUGGGAUAUUGCUGCUGGUGAUAUUUUAGUCCGUGAAGCAGGAGGAGUCUGCUUAGAUCCUUCAGGAUCUCCAUUAGACCUGUUGUCUCGCAGAGUACUCUGUGCUAGUACACCUGAACUUGCCAAAGAGAUAUCGAAAACUAUAGUACAAUAUUAUCCUGAGAGAGAUUAA